UCCCUACCACCAUUGCAUGAAGAAAGAGACCCUGCAAGAAAACUACAUUGAAUACGAAUACCAGCUUUUACAAAAGGGGAGAUUAAAAUACAGGGUAUAGGAUAAAGAAUGGGACAAAAACAGAAAAGACAACAAAAGCUUCGAAAUGUUCCACGGAUUCCUCGCAUCCGAGUGCCUCCCUCUGCCUCUGACACUUCAUUGUUGAAGGAUCUAACGCAAGGGCAGCAGCGUUACUUUUACAGCAUCAUGAGGAUUUACAGCUCCAGGCCCCAGUGGGAGGCCCUGCAGACCCGCUAUAUUCACAGCCUUCAGCACCAGCAGCUGCUCGGCUACAUUACUCAACAGGAGGCCUUGGCUUGUGCCGCUGUACUCAGAGAGUCAACCAAGAGAGCCUCAGCCAAGGUAGCUCCUCAGGGAACCGUCUCCCGGAAGCCUUCGGCCAUGAUAAGAACCUGGCCAUCAGCACUCCCUGUGUCUGCGGUUCGACCCAGGGUGCAAAGCACAGGGCUCUGAUCCCUCAGGAACUGAGGCUUUGCAUAUGCUCUGAAAUAUGUAGUUUGCUCAUGUACCCCUGGCACCUAGUGGGUGCUUAGUGUGUAUUUGUUGAAUGAGAAUCAAUAAAAGAAUAACUUCUAAUACAAA